AUAACAGCAGUAUGCAGAGAGCCGCCCUCACGGCCCUGCAGGAGGACAUCAAAGCCCGGCACAUCGAGGCCAGACACUUUGAAAGUGCCCUGAACGCUGUGAAGCCUCGGAUCCCCGACUCUCUCAUCCAGUCGUAUAUCAGCUAUCAGCAGCGGCACAGCGGCCUGGGCUUCUUCUGACCACGCCGCCAAGGACACAUCCAGAACCAAAGGAAUUUAGCUUUUCUUUGUAGUUUUAUUGUUUUUUUGUUUUUUUAAUAAUACAGGUUUAAAACUGCCUCAAUCUGCUGGAGAGGUUACCGAUGAAAAUCCAGCUGAAUAUUGGCCAACGCAAGGAUUUCUGUUUUGCAGAUUACUCGGCCAACUCAUAUGUUUAAAUCUUGAAUUUUAUAGCUGCAACAUAAAAGUGGUAACUGCUUCUUGAGUCCACAAUUAGAAAAUACAUAUAACGUGUUUGCGGUUAGUGACAGUGUAAGUUUCAAACAGCUCCGAAGAACAGUGUUGUUAUUUUUUUUCUUAUUUUUGAUCAUUUCAAAUGUUAAUAAUGUAAUAAACACAUUAUGUAUGUUUGGUCUAAA